GCCAAUAGGAAAUGUGACCAGUUGGCAAGAAGGCGGGCCAUUUUCGAAUGCAGUCCACAGCAGGUAACAGGUUGGCAGCGGCCGCCACUCGGUCAUACUGCGGUGUGGUCCAGCAGAGAUAGCCGCAGACCUAAGUUGACCUUAUUUAGCUUGUGAGUGGUACGUAAAUUGCCUUGUGACUGGUGUGAGUUAACCUUUGUUUGCUAUAUACGACCGGACGUCGCCCUCUAAAUUGCAUAGCAGGAAGGUCUCUCAAUCUGGAGUGAUGGCUGCAGGAAUCGAUCGCGGACGUGUUGGAGAGAGGUUACAAGCGGCACUGGCCGGACUGCAAGAGUUGCAUUUUCUGAAGGAGAAACAGUGCAACAUGGUAAACUGGGCACUACGUAUGGACAGAGAGGUUUCGGGCGAUUCUACCGAGACCAUCACUGACGGUCGGAGUCCGGUGACCGAGGAACUGCGCCUAGAGGCAACACUAUCAGCCCUCAAGCAACAGCUGUCUCGUCUGCGAAGACAGGAUGCAGGGCUAAAGACACACCUGCAACAACUGGAUCAACAGAUCAGUGAGCUGAAGCUGGACGUGGGCAAGGCUUCCACCGAGCAACAAGAGAGCGACAGUAGACCCAGCUCAGGCUUCUAUGACCUCAGUGAUGGAGGCUCUUGCUCUCUGUCCAACUCCUGCACCUCAGUGUACAGCGAGUGCGUCUCAUCCUCAUCCCAAACCAGCCUCCUCCCUCCCAACGGUUCCUCUGAAUCCCACACUCACAGCGCGGCGGCCCAGCCGACUGAGAAGUCCCGCCGGCGCUCGGCUGACGAGACCACCACUCUGCCCAACCCCCCGCGGGUCACAGGGCUGCACCUGGGCAGCAGCAGGUUACGCACCGGCGCGGCGGCCACCGGCUGGGCCAGACAGCGGCCCGUGUCCACAGGUGACCUGGAAAGGAUGAUGACCCCAGGACUGAGCAAAAGCAAGUAUGUGGACGUGAAGAAAUCACCCCUGUGCUCCAACAUCCGGAGCUCCUCCACAGUUGACCACAAGUACCAGAGUAACUUGGUGUCCCGCAAUGGGGCAGAGAUCUACCUGUACCCGAGCCCCCUCCACGUCGUGGCCCUCCAGAGCCCCAUCUUCUCCCUGGGAGAGGAGCCGACUGUCCCAGAUGCCCUGGGGUCCCCAUCGGAUGCCGUUCUGGAGACUGUUCAGACGGGACGUGUGGAGGGGACCGAUGCAAAACCCCUGGGAUACAUUGACAAGCUCCUCCAGCGAAGCGUGAGCAAGAUGAAUGUCCCGACAGAACUUAACAGGGACGCCAUUCAGAUACCCAAGAAUUGUCUCCCCAGAAAUGAAGUUGGAACAGUGGUUCAGGGGCCUCCGCCGCAGGCAGUCAUAAUGUCACGGUCAGAUGUCCGACCAGUGGACAAACAGAGGCAGUCUAGGAUGCACAUUGGAGAGGAACCGGCAAAUGAUGUGAACCUCACCCAGCAGGCACUGGGAGCCGCGUUCCUUCAGACUUCAUACCGCUACUCGUACCCUACAGCAGUCAGGGAGUACAGUAGAGGGGUGUACACGGCUUCUAAAACAAAUGUAGUUAAGGUGUUGUCCAGUGGGGUGAAAGAGCGAGGCAAUCCAGGUAUGUGCCAUGUGGAGGUCCCAGGAGGAGAGUUUGACAGGAAACAGUCAAAUAGUAGGCUGGGGUCAGGUUUCAUGGGUGUGGCCCACAGCUCAAACACAGAGGAAGCCCAGGGCCCUGAGAAGGAACGCCACUUGUCCGACUUUGUCCACGCUCAGUUUGUCCCAGCAGGCUCACAGCAGGUCAAGGUGAGGCCGGCGGAGCCCAAGACAAAGGCUGUAAGGCUGAGGAGGAAAAGCUUUGAGAAGCCCAGCUGUGCCAUGAGGCUCCAGCCGCAGGGCCACUCCUCUAACGAGAGGCCGAGGGAGGCUAGUGUUGAAGCUAGGGUAGAAAGGGAGCUACCAGGGAGGACGUGCCAGUCCCAGAGACCAGCCAGCUGUCUGGUAAAGGAGUGCGGACACUCAGGCUCCGAGUCUAGCCUUUGUGGCUCUACCUUCUCAUAUGCCAAACCACAGGUCCAUGCCCAGCCACUGACCAUCCCUGCCAGCAAGUCAACCAAAGUCCGUAGACCCCACUACUCUGAGUCCGACCAGCCACCUCUUGACCAGAGGAAAAGAAAGCAGGGGACUCCUAAAUGGCCUUCUGAUAUAGAGAUGUUCCAAGCCAUGUGCGCUCAGCAGGUUAACGGGCAGCGCAGAGUGGUCCAGAAUGGAGGGCCGGAGAGCAGGUUAUCCAUGGGCCGAGGUUUGAGUGCCAGGCCCCACACCACCCACUGGGGUGGGGUUGAGCCUCAUCGAGCUCCUCGCUCCUCCGUCUCUUCCUCCUCUUACUUUAGCCAACACAACACCAGAUACCCUCCGGCACCCUACCCCGUGUCCACGCGCAACUCGUCCACGUGCGAGUCGGAGUACUCGGCCGACUGCGCAUCUCUAUUCCACUCCACCAUCGCGGAGAGCAGCGAGGGCGAGCUCAGCGACAACACCAUCAACCGUUUUGGCGACAGUGAGUCCAGCCAAAGUGACUCCCAGUCCCACUCGGACUCCUGCAGCAGCCUGUCCCUGGACGAGGGGAGCCAGGAGGAAGGGGGUUUCGUCUGGGCAGAAGCCACACUGGGACCGGUCGCGGCCGGGCUGCCCCUUCAGCAGCUCCCCCACCCGGAGCCCCCGGGGUGCCGCAUCAAAGCAUCCCGAGCCCUUAAAAAGAAGAUCCGCAGGUUCCAGCCCGCCUCCAUGAAGGUCAUGACCUUGGUGUAGUAGAGUCUGAGGCCCUGAAACGUUCAACACUUAAUGGCUUCACGGACCUUAAAGUAGACACUGCCAUUGCGUGGUGAUUCAUCAAGACAUAUCAAAUCACACACCGAGAUAUAUAAUCACCCAAUGACUUUGAUUUAACGGAAGCAAUAGACUGCAAAGCAAAUUUUUUGACAAAAAAAAUGGAAGUUAUAGUCCAUGUUUACUCUUCGUAACUAUGUGGACAAAAAGAUUUUUGCACUGUACAGAUUGAAUAAAAAAAAAAAACAAGGAACAGAAACUAAAAAAAAAUAUAUAUAUGAUUAAGCGUGUAUACUAUUAUCCAAACCUUGCUUAGUUUUACUGUUAAAUUUCAGAAACAGGCUGCCAUUAUUACUCUGUUACGAGAUUUCUAAAUGUUGUAUCUGCUUAAGAGAUUAUAAUAUCAUUUGUAGAUUUUAUCAAAAUUCAUUUUAUUCCAUCUUUUGUCUUUAAUUUUGUUCAUGUUCACUUUUAU